AUGCUGGCCGGCGGAGGUGUGGAGGGCGUGUUUUCGAUAACAAGCGUUUCGUCACGGCGGCUGCGGCCCAGCGGUCGACUUUCCCCUCCAACUAACCAGCAGGGCCGCAACCCCUCGCUGCGGCGACCUCGCUCCGAAGAUGUUGAGGACGGCGGCCGUGUGUUGCAGGUCGCAGCGCUGAUCCUGUUCGCCGUCGCCGCUUCUGCUCUGCCCAGGCCGGACGAGCUCGAGCCUGGAGUCGUUCCAGUGCUGGAGAGGGCCGAGGUGCGCGACGCGACUGGCCAGUUCUCUCUCAGCUACCUGUCCGGUGACGGCACCCACGUGUCGGAGCAGGGUGCCUUGAAGCCCACCCCAGACGGCAAGGACUUCGUGCUGGUCAAGCGGGGCGAGUACCAGUUCACGGCGCCAGAGGGGAAGACCAUCAAUGUCAAGUACACCGCCGACGAGCACGGCUUCCACCCCAUCAGCGACGCCAUCCCUGUUGCGCCCACCGCCUAG